CUACUGUAGCCCUGCACAGAAGGGCUCAAAGAAAGGUGUGGCAACGGUUGAUGGCUGGCAGGGCUGGUGGGACUCCUCUGGAUGUCCUCCUGUGCGUCCCAGCACCCAUGGGCAGGGCAGGGACUGACCUGGCGUUUGUCUCAGAGGAACUUCUGUAUUCCCAGCUAGUGCCAGGGAGCUGGUGCCUGUGGAUGGCUCAGCCCAGGUAAGGAGCAGCAAAUGGGCUGUUCAGUGCUGAGUUCUUUCUCACACCUCCCUUUGGAAGUGCCUUCUGGGAUUAGCCACUGUAGAAAGACUGCAGCCCUCCCACAGAUCCUCUCUGAAGUGCUUCUCUGCGUGCUUUUGCACAGCUCCUAAGUGGAAACUUUGUUCCACCUGUGGAUAAGGCUUCAAAAGACAUGGAUAUCAAGCAAGCAGAGAUCUAGCACAGCUGAAAGAUGGAUAACAGUUUUGCAUCUGGAGAAUCAGAUCCUCUAGCUGAUGUGGCCUUGGUGUGGAAGAGCCUUCAGAAAGCCAAAGCAGUGCUACAAAGGAUUGAAAACAAAUUUUAUCAUCAAACAUGGAGUUGUGCCAAAUCACAGACAGCCAGAAGAAAGCCUUGGCAUGAAAAAAGCUUUGCAGCAGGGCUUUGUACCAUGCUCAAGGAGAUGGCUCACUGCCUGGACCCCUGUCUCAGUAACAAGGAUAGCAAGAGAGAUGGCGAGAGGAACAGAGAUGAAACAGCUUUGAAUAACAAAAAGAGCAAUGAGAUUCCUCCAGCCUGCAGGAAGGGAAACUGUGCUGCUCUUUCCCCUGCUUGGUCACAGACCUGUUUCCUUGAGAGCCCUGCUGUCAGCUCUGGCCCACUCCAAAUGACACUGCUGUCCCCCAGGGAAGACUCAUGCUCAGCACCUUGCAGCCCUGCCAGGAGGGAGGCUGUGGAUGGUGAAGGCACAGCUGGGACGUGGUCUUCUGCAAAGGGCCUGUAUAAACCAAGAAGGGACAAUUUCAGGGAGCAGGCGGAUUCAAGAGGUCGCACAGUACAAAAGGAAAAAUCUCCCUGCUCCUUGCGUCACCCACCUCACACCCCUGCUGGGAGCAGUCUGUUCUCAGCUGUCCCACGUGGCAGCCAGAGCGAUGCUCCUGCAUCCACAGCUGUCCUGCUUCCUAUAGACCACCUUCCAUCAGCCAGCAGGCCCAGUGAUCAGAAGCUGGAAGAGUUGAGGAAAAAAUCACCCCAAAAGAAGUUAGAGCAACUCAAGAAGAGAAUCCAGGAGCAGAAGCAAAAGCAGCAAGCAGCAUCUCAGGAGCAGAAGUGCCUGAUCUCUUCCUAUGCUAAAGAGCCACAGCAAAAAAGACCCCUGAAGAGAAAGGUGUGCAAAGUGGCAUCUGCUCCUUCUGCUCCGGUUUACAGAGACCAAAGACCAGAGAGAAGCUCAGCAUGGAGAAUUCAAACACAAAGCCAGAGGCAGCCUUCACCCAAGUCCUCUGUUCUGGUGAGAGCAGCGACAGGCAAAGGUACAAAGCCACAUGGUGCUUCUGCAUGGAGGGAAGGUCAGAAGUUAGCUAGAAAGUUACUUGGUCCACCCCCUACAUUUCCAAAUCUGAGGACAGCUGAAGAGCAGACCACAGCAAAUACCUUUGAACCUGGUAGAGGAUUUGUAGCCAUGCCAGUGAUGGAAAACAGCUUCAGAGAAAAGGGAAAUGAACCUGUGGGGAAAAACCCUGAAUUCAAAAGCUGCAUGGUUCCCCGCAGCAAGCCUGUUGAGAGGGGCAGCAAUGCACCAACCAAGGAUACAAAACAAAUACUCAGGAACCUGCAUUUGCAAAGCCAGUAUCAUGAUGAACACAGACAUACUAGGCUCCCAAAAGAUACUGCAAAAGGCAAGGUAGAAGUUCUGCAGGUAUUCCUAGGGAUCCGUUCUCCUUCACCCGGUCCUCGGGCCAUAACUCCCUCUGCCUUCAGUGGGGAAAAGAUCCGAUCUUCAUUAAUAAAAGAUGGAGCUAAGCCCAGCAGCUCAGGAAACUGCAAAAGAGGAGAAAACAUAUCUCCUCAGAGACAGAAGGGCUCAAGCAGCCCUGCCCGGAAAGGGUCUGAGAAAGAAAACCUUAAGCACCCUUCAAAGAGGAGGGCAAGCACUAAAAAACCUCACCCGUACAGCCCUGAAAUUGUUCAGGAAUUUAUGUAUCAAAAGAAUGAAGAAAGAAAGAAAAAAAUCCUGGAAGAGAAAAAGUCUUUGGUGCAGGCCAUGGAGAUAAGAAACAAGAGAUUGCAAGAAGUAUACAGGAAACAGCAAGAAGCUAUUGGAAAGAAAAUGUGUUCUGACAAAACACGCAAGCUCAUUGGGGAAAAAGCUUCUGCAAAAGAAAGUCCUCAGUGUAAACUUGAGCAAGUAAGUCAUAAAGGAGCGGCAGACUGAAAACCCUCCAAUCUUGAUCAGUACAGAACCAUGUAGGAGAUUAAACGCUUUAUGCAAAUGCUUUGAAGUGUCAGGG